AUGGCGGAGUGCAUGCUCAGUGUGGGCGUCUGCAGAUUGUGGUGGAUUGCAGUGCUCUUCCUGCAGUGCCUUGCGUUCCAUGAUAUUUCACCCCAAGCUCCAACACAUUUCCUAGUGAUUCCUAAGAAGCCAAUUGUCAGGUUAUCUGAAGCAGAAGAUUCUGAUGAAUCUCUUCUUGGGCAUUUAAUGAUUGUUGGCAAGAAGUGUGCUGCUAACCUGGGCCUGACCAAUGGAUUCCGGAUGGUUGUGAAUGAAGGGCCUGAGGGUGGGCAGUCUGUCUAUCACGUACAUCUCCAUGUUCUGGGUGGUCGUCAGUUGGGCUGGCCUCCUGGCUAACGUUUUUACACCACAAAAGUUUACUGCAUGCAUAUGAAUUACCAUCAAAUAGAUCUGAUAUGUUGCCCAUCAAUCUAGUCACUGUUAAUGUAAUUUUUUUUUUUUGAAUGUGUGUCUACAAAGGGUAAUAAAUGCUCUGAACAACAUUCGCACAAUAAAGAUUUAGCAUGUGGGAAUC